AUGCAGCGGAUACCAACGCUCUUUCUUCUCGCCCCGCGACUGGCCGCACCUCCUCACACCCGAUUGUUCUCCCUCUCUACUUCUCAUCAGUCGAAGCACUCGAACUCCAACCGCUCACGAAGCUCGACGGUCCCGACCGCGAAGGCUACAACAGUCCCUAGGCAAGCUGGGACGGAUGUCGGGCGCGCGACAGGUGGAGGGAAGAAGGCGGCGAAGGCAGCGGGAGAAGGCCUGAAAGAGGUCACCCCAGAGGCUAUCGAGGCAGAGAUGCUGGCGGGUCAGGCGUCGUUGCAGAAUGAGGCGCAAGGAGAGCGGAAGAAUCUGGCCGGGACAGAUGUUGCGCAGGGCGAAUCUUCCGGCAAGGCGAAGGAUGAAUACGGCGCGUGCGCCUGGCCCGAGGAGGUCAUCUACACGGCGACACCGUCCUACAACCCCGCCUUGAUGGUCGGAGUUUCCUUCACCUUGGGCGUCUUCUGCCUCACGCUCGCCGACCUCGCGCGUGUCGGCAUCGUCCGCCCCGACGCAGAAACCGGCGAGUUCACCAACGCACCGGCGUGGCAGCGGCACGUCACGAAGAUCACGCUGCGACGACCGCCUGCGGCCUCCAAGUCCGCCCUCGCCUUCCCGCCCAACUCGCAUCUCUGCAUCUACCACAUCUACUCGCCUAUCACGCAGCAAUGGUUCCGUCGAGCGCCUCGAACUGUACCAAUCGCCAAGUGCCACCUUCUCGGCGCCAUCUCGGCCUCGCCCAAGCCUUACCACCCGAAGAUGAAGCCAAUCCCACACAAAGAAGGCUCUCUUCGUGGCUACUUCGCCAAGCUCCGCAAGAGGUUCUUCCCAGAUGACGAGACGCCGGUGCCAUCUGCGGUCAAGAAGAAGUACUCGCACGCGCCGCUCAUGGUCGAGGGCGACUGGCAGAGCUACUCGCUCCAGAUCAAGCGAGCACCGAAGCCGUUCGACCCCAGCGGCGCGUGGUGCAAGAACUGGGACGCGUUCGAGCGGGCGUUGUUGGGCGUCGACGAGGCGAAAUGGUCGGGUCUUCGGAAGUGA